AUGGUAUUUUCAUGUCUUUGGUUUUGUCCUCUUUUUGAAUUGUUUGACGAUAUCUCGAUAUUUAAAACUUCAGACCAAUUAUGGCACUUGAAGCAGGGCUAUUAACCCCGCCAAGUGGCGGUGUAGGGUCAAUUGAAGAAGCAAACGUAACUCUGGACGAGUCCUCGCCAUUGUUGUUGCCAGCGUCAAACAGCAAUGGGCUUCUAAGCACAAGUGAGGACGGUGAUGAUACGCAAGAGACAUGGUCACCCGAAUCCCUUGGGCCCGGCUUCAUCUGGAUCGAAACGGCCAUCUUCUGCAACGUCUUCCUCUCUGGCUUCGACGGCACGAUCACGGCUUCGACCUACGCAGUCAUCGGGUCAGAUUUCAACGCUGCCAACACCAUCAGCUGGCUGACCACCGCAUAUCUCAUAACUACGACAGCCUUCCAACCGCUCUACGGCCGCUUUUCCGACAUCUUAGGCCGCCGCGCCAUGUUCUUCACCGCCACCAUCACGUUCCUGCUGGGCUGCCUAGGCUGUGGGUUCGCGCCCAACAUCCUAUUUCUGAACCUGAUGCGCGGGCUCACGGGCCUGGGAGGCGGCGGGUUGGUCACGAUGGCGACGAUCAUCAAUUCGGAUAUCAUCCCGUUAAGGAACAGGGGCAUGUAUCAAGCGGUGCAGAAUGGUCUGCAUGGGUUCGGGGCGAUCUGUGGUGCAAGUAUGGGAGGCUUCGUUGCGGAUACGAUUGGUUGGCGAUGGUGUUUCCUCUGCCAAGUGCCGAUUUCUCUGGCGGGGUUGAUCGUGGCAUAUUUCGUGAUCCAGGAUCCUCCUGAAGGCGUCGAGCUCAAUGGGGGUGCGAAGAAGGGGUCGCUGUGGCGACAGAUCGAUCUCACCGGUGCGGUAUUGCUGGUUCUGGGACUUUCGGCUCAGCUGGCUGCGCUCAGCCUGGGGGGAAACAAGUAUCCCUGGUCCGACAUCCGUGUCAUAGUCUGCCUGAUCGCUAGUGUUCUCAUCUUGGGAAUCUUCGUGUUGGUGGAGCUUCGAACGAGAGCUCUGCCCGUGAUGCCGAUGUAUAUGCUGAAGGGACGAGCAACCAUCUCGAACAUGAUCAGCAAUGUGCUCGUCGGGAUGUCUAGCUAUGCUUUCCUGUUUAUGAUACCCCUGUUCUUCCAGGUGGUGCUCCUGGAUUCAGCAUCGAAAGCGGGCGUUCGACUCAUCAUCCCCUCUAUGGCGACCCCUAUCGGCGGCCUCAUCGCAGGUUUCCUGAUGUCGCGGUGGGGAAUGCUGGGCCAUCUCGUCCGGCUUGGCUGCUUUCUCAUGAUGUUUGGAAACGGGCUCGUCGCAUCGCUGAAAUACCACGAUGCGUCAUGGAAAUACGUCGCAUAUCUCUUCCCCGCCAAUAUCGGCCAAGGAAUUGUAUACCCCAGUAUCCUGUUCACGAACAUUGCCGCUUUUGAACAGUCUCAGCAGGCUGUCUCCACUUCAAUGGUGUAUCUCUUCCGCUCCAUGGGAACCGUCUGGGGCGUUGCGGCCGCAUCCACCAUCACGCAGAAUCUCCUAUCUUCCCGACUGCCACGUGCAUUGUGCGGAAUACCAGACAAAGAGAAAAAGUCCAGCAAGCUAACACUUUCAUAUAAAAACAAGAUCAUAUCCGCGAUCCGUCAUUCUGUCGCCGUGCUGCAUGACCUCGAGCCCGAGGUCCAGGAUAUCGCCCGCAGAGUGUAUUUCGAGGCCCUGAGGUAUACCUUCCUAGCGAGCACCGCUUGGGCAGCCAUAGCUUUGUUCGCAGCCUUCUUUGCUAGGGGCCAGAGGCUAGACCGCAAAUAA